AUGUACAGACUGACAAAAGGUCUGUACCGUUCCAAAGCGAGUUUUCCUGCAGUUUCACUGUAUACCUCUUGGUUCAGAGUAUUCCGAAGUUACUCUUCCAAUCAUGACGAGUAUGUGGAUCAUGAGUACAAGUACUACCUAAAGUAUCCAAUAGAUACAAAAAACAACCCCACUCCGACCCUAAACCCAUCCCAGCUCAAUGAUAGAAUCUCCAAGAUUCCAAUGGAAAAUUACAGAAGCUUCGUCAUCGCUGCACAUAUUGACCAUGGCAAAUCCACCAUCAGUGAUCGACUGCUUGAACUUACAGGAGUGCUUCAACCAGGAUCGAAUAAACAAGUGUUGGACAAAUUAGACGUAGAACGAGAACGGGGCAUCACAGUGAAAGCCCAAACAUGCUCCAUGGUAUAUCAUCACGAGGGUGAAGAUUAUUUAUUGAAUCUGGUCGAUUCUCCAGGUCAUGUGGAUUUUAGACUUGAGGUAUCCAGAUCGUAUGCUGCCUGUGGGGGAGCAUUAUUGUUAGUUGACGCCAGCGAAGGUUGUAAGGCCCAAACCGUAGCAAACUAUCAAAUGGCAAAGUCAAUGGGACUUGAACUUUUGCCCGUAAUCAAUAAAAUUGAUCUAGAUACGGCUAACAUAGAAAGAACAGAAGACCAGAUUGAGGAAACUUUUGAUUUGCCAAGAGAAAAUGUCAUUCAUGUUUCUGCUAAGUCUGGACUCAACGUUCAAUAUGUCCUUCCAGCAGUAAUUGAACACAUUCCAGCUCCUCAAGGAAAUAAAACUGCACCAUUUAAGGCAUUGCUGGUAGAUUCGUGGUACGAUUCGUACAUUGGAGUUGUUCUUCUAGUCAGUAUAGUUGAUGGUACCCUGAAAAAAGGACAGAAGAUCCAGUCUUGCUCAACCUUAAGGAAGUAUGAUGUCAAAGAGGUUGGCGUUAUGUAUCCUGAUAGAUUUGCCAUUGAUGUCCUCUCGGCAGGCCAAGUAGGAUAUAUUGUUCCAGGAAUGAAAAAUUCUGCAGAGGCCCUAGUUGGAGACACUUUUCACGUUAGUGGCAAACCAGUAGAAGCACUGCCGGGCUUCGAAGAGCCAAAGUCAAUGGUUUUUGUGGGAGCUUUCCCUGCCGAUGGAGGGGAGUUUAAACGAAUGGAGGAAAGUUUGGAACAUCUGGUCACCAAUGAUCGGUCUGUUACUUUACAGAGAGAGACAUCCAACGCAUUGGGCCAAGGCUGGAGAUUAGGAUUUUUGGGAUCGCUUCAUGCCUCUGUGUUCAAAGAACGGCUAGAAAAUGAAUAUGGCGCCAAGUUGAUUAUAACUUCUCCCACAGUGCCGUAUAAAGUUGUAUAUAGAGAUGGUACGGAGAAGAUUGUUACCAAUCCAGAUGAUUUUCCAGGAAUCAACGACAAAAACAAAGUUGCUGCUCUUUAUGAACCGUUUGUCGAGAUCACAAUGACUUUUCCCAAUGAGUAUCUAGGAACCGUUAUGAAGCUUUGUGAGGCAAAUAGGGCCAUGCAAUUGGACAUUCAAUACCUCAACAAUGGGCAAGUAUUAGCAACGUACGAUCUCCCAUUAGCGCAUUUAGUAGACGAUUUUUUUGGCAAAUUAAAGUCUGCAACUAAGGGUUAUGCGUCUUUAGAUUAUGAAGAUAGUGGGUACCAACCUUCAGACAUCGUUAAGCUGGAACUGCUAGUUAACGGGAAUGGUAUUGACGCACUUGCAACCGUUAUGCAUAAAUCCCAAGUCGAAAGGAAUGGUCAGGAAUUUGUAAAGCGAUUUAAAGAGUUUCUCAAGAUCCAACAAUUUGACGUUAUCAUUCAAGCAAGAGCAAAUAACAAAAUAGUAGCAAGAGAAACGAUAAAAGCUCGACGAAAAGAUGUUCUAGCCAAGCUCCAUGCAAGCGAUGUUUCCCGGAGAAAGAAGUUAUUAGUUCGCCAAAAGGAAGGAAAAAAACAACUGAAGAGUAUUGGGAACAUACAAAUUAAUAAUGAUGCAUACCAAUCGUUCUUGCGUCGUUCAUGA